GUUGGACUUAUCGUAGCUUGCCAUUUUCCUUGGUACUAUGAGAACUCUUUUAGCACGGUGUUUUAGUUUUGUGGCACUGGAGGUCGCGCCAUGUAUGAGAAUUUGGGGCGGCAAUUGAAAUUCGAUCCUGGGAUGGGCAUUUGUCAUGGUGAAGUGUUUGGAUCGGUGGUGUUAUGUUGCUAGUACUAGCUACAGUAUAGUAGUUAUCCCUGAAUUUCAAGAGAAAAUGAUCUUGCUUCAUCAUUGAAUUUCUACUAGUAUAUAGUAAAUUAGUACAGUUUCGGUGUCCAUAAGACUAUGAUACUUCCCCAUGCCAUUUGUCAUCAACAUUUCAGCAAUUGAUCACUGAAGUAGUUUGAAUCUAUAUUCCUGUUCUUAGUGGACAUUCGAAAUUGCUAUACUUGCCCUUAAGUUAUCUGCUUGCUUGUUCAACCAAAUAAAAGGUAUGGAUUUCUGAGUGUUUUUCCUUCUUCCAGCAAGCUUAUAGCUCAUGAUUCCCAGAAAAAGCAAGAGAAGGAAGAGGAGGAGGAGAAGCUGGUGCUGCAAAAAUCCAAGGAGUUGGAUGCUUUUGAUCAGCAGAAUCAUGGAGCAGUCCCCCAGUACUAUGAUCGCAGCGGUUCCCAAGACAAGAAUGGUUUUCAUGGAGCCAACAGUGUGAAGACUACCUCCUUUGAAGAGGAAGCCCUACGCACCAUGAAGGCGUUCUGGCUUCCGUCAGCUACACCCGAAGCCACUGUCAAGGUAGAUGCUCCUUCUACUGACACAAUCUGUCCUGAGGGGCAGGAGAAGCUCAAGCUGAAAUCACUCUUCCCUAUUUCUUUCACCGAGGAGAACGCUCGUCAGAAGAGCAGUAAGUCAGUGGAGAAAAGCUACAUCUGCCCCAGCUGCAAGUCCAAUCUCACAAACACAAUGUCCCUGGUGGCGAUCAGCACCUGUGGCCAUGUCUUCUGCAAGAAGUGCUCGGACAAGUUCAUAGCAACAGAUAAGGUCUGCUUAAUGUGCAGCAAACCGUGCAAAGAGAGGAAUUUGAUUAAUUUAGAAAAAGGAGGAACGGGUUUCGCCGCACACGAUGACCACCUAGAGGCAAAGAACUUCAAGCAUUUAGGGAGUGGUUCUGGGCUAGGAUUGGUGAAGCCUGCUCCUAAGGCAUAGCCUUCAAUUAUGUAACUGUUGUUGUAUAAUGCUGUCAGUUAUCGUUGUGGCACGAAUAUAUGUAACCUGGAAUUUUUAAAUGUUUUGAUAUCUUUUUGAUAAGUAUGAUCUGGAACAAACGAUACUCAGGUUUUUCAUCCAA